AAUACUACUACUACAUUAAAAUAAAACAUAAUCAUUCAAAUAAUCAUUCAAAUUCAUUCGAUUUGUAACUGAAUUUAAUAAUUUUAUAAUUAACUUCAUAAGUCUAAUUCGAAAUUUAUUAGAAAAACUUUUUUCAAUUAUUUUCUUAAAACAUUGUAGCAGAUAAUUCUAAAGAUGUCUUCGCCGACAGAAGAAAGUGUGAGGCGCAAUAGUGAAAGCGAAGGCGCUGAAGCGGAGACUCCAGAACACGACCCUCACUUCGAGCCUAUCGUGUCGUUGCCCCUUGUUGAGGUACAAACUAAUGAGGAAGACGAAGAAGAGCUCGUGAAGAUACGUGCUAGGCUUUAUAGAUACGAUACGGGUGAUCACGAAUGGAAGGAACGUGGCACGGGUGACAUUAAGUUGUUGCGUCAUAGAAUUAACAAUACUGUCCGGGUGGUAAUGAGAAGAGACAAAACACUGAAAGUAUGUGCGAACCACUUCAUCACACCAGAUAUUAGGAUGAAUGUUCACUGUGGUUCGGACAAAGCGUUUAACUGGUCAGUGUUUGCAGAUUAUGCAGAUGAGACCUGCAAACAAGAACUUCUUGCUAUUAAGUUUGGCAAUCCACAGAAUGCCGAAUUAUGGAAAACAAAAUUUGCUGAGGCACAGGAGAUUGUAAGAACGAAAUGUAGUCUAUACACCCAAGACCAAUUUUCAGAUGAUGAGAGUAGCAUUACCAGGAGUGAAGAUACUGAUACACCAGAACCCAAGGUUGGUGAAAAGUCUCCUGACAAAGGAGACAAGCCUGAGGAGACAGACUCUGAAGGUGUUGUUUUAAAACUUAAAGAACUCAAGGUGGAAAGUGAAAAAUCGGAAUGAAUGUUAUUGUAAAGAUCUGCAUAAGAGGCCAAGCUGUAAUGUGUAGUAUUUUUCUACAAAUGAUUUUUAACAUUCUUAUGUCCUAAAGAAGAUAUUUUUAAUGUUUUUAUUAUUUUACAGCUAGUAGUUAAUUACUGAAUACAUGUAAAACUUGCAAACAUUAGGGGACAAUUUAUUUUGUUUUUACAAUAUUGUUAGAUGCUUUUUAUUGAAAUUGAAAUGUUGACUUUAUUCUGUCAUCACAGAAUAAAUAAAAGAGCUGUAUUGGUUUCUCAAAUAUUAUA